AUGGCAGCCCAAACACCACGCAAGGAGGUUGGAGUGGACCUGCGGGAUGAAUUAGACGCAGACGUGGAGUGUGGCUCCGGUUACAUCUCCAUCUUCGGACCACCGGGUAGCGGCAAAACGACUAUGCUCCUGCAGUACCUCACUUCGCGGGAGCAUCACGUACGUAAUAUGAAGCGGUCUUUCUUGCUAGAGUAUGUUACUGGCAGGGCGCUAGCUGGUGACUCCCUGCGGCGGCUGGCGUGGCGUCUUUUGCCGCAAACUAAACGGCGGCGGACAGAAUGUUCACAUCUUCAGUUUGGCUUGCUGGUACGACAGUGGCUUGACAAUGCAGUGGAGGGGAGUGAGCUUCACUUCGUCGUGGACGACGCUGAUGAAGUGGAGGAGGGUGCUGAGGGUAUUAAUCAGUGGCUCUCGGUGUGUGUCGGUGGAUCCCAACAGCCGUGCAACUCAAACGUUGUUUGUCUUUGGGUAGUGUCGCAGAUGCCGCUCCGUCUCUCAAACUGUUUUCGCUUCCACUUCGUUGCGAGACCCGAUGCUAGCGUUGUGCAGUCGUGGUUGAACACGCUCUUUGCAACAAACGCAUCCCCACCCGGAGCUGACGCAGAGGCUAAUACCCCGAGCCUCACGCUAGAAGAGGCUCACAACAUAACAAAGGGUGCAGUUGAGUACUACAUGACGCAUCUUCCCAUGCGAGCAAGUAUCGUCACACAGGACAUGCGACAACUUCUCCAGCGUGUACAUCAAAUUUUACCGUUUCUGGUUGCACAUGCUGUUGUGGGACGCCUCAAUGCGAUGCACUACUCGACAGUAUGGGGAAGAUGGCGAGAGCUCUCGUCAUCGGUCGCAACUGCACCUUCUGGUGCUCUUGUGGGGAGUCGCGGAGAUCCGUUAGUGGCCGUGCUGAGACGAAUUGGAUGCUCAGCCAUGCUGUGGGCCCUAAGUGCUUUUUACUGUGGGGCCGUCCCAAAGUCAAAGCACGCCCUUGUCUUCGGUGACGAAAAGCUGGCGCGUCGUACAAAUUCUACGGAGGUGAAUGCCGCAUCGCACAAGGCAGCCGUUCUCUCCUCGUUAGCGCACGUCGUCCAUCUGCCCCGACUCAUGCUAGUUUAUCGGUCCCUGCUGAAUAUUUGCGUGAACCUCCAGGAUCCACUCGAGUUCGUGCCCGCAGAAAUAGCGGUGCAGCACCACCAGACGUUGGUGUCGUGGGGUCUCAUGGUUCCAACAACCCACAGCACAAAGGGUUAUCACUGUCACAUACCUGUUACAUCAGCGAUUAGCCUUUCGCAGCAUUUGUCGUUGAACCUCUACGACCUCAUUCCACGAUGA